CUCAUGCCUCAAAUCGGUUGCGGAGCUGCCUGCAUCAUCCGCCGACCGAGCCAGGAACCGACGAGCAGAACCGGAGAAAAAAAAUGGCGUUCACAUUCGCGGCCUUUUGUUAUAUGCUUGCUCUGCUGCUGACGGCGGCGCUUAUCUUCUUCGCUAUCUGGCACAUAAUAGCAUUUGAUGAGCUGAAGACUGAUUACAAGAAUCCUAUAGAUCAGUGUAACACUUUAAAUCCGCUGGUGCUCCCAGAGUAUCUCAUCCAUUUCUUCUUCUGUGUGAUGUUCUUCUGUGCGGCCGAGUGGCUCACCCUCUGUCUCAACUUACCGCUGCUGGCUUAUCAUGUCUGGAGGUAUAUGAGCAGACCUGUGAUGAGCUGUCCAGGACUCUACGACCCGACAACCAUCAUGAAUGCUGACAUCCUGGCGUACUGUCAAAAAGAAGGCUGGUGCAAACUGGCUUUCUACCUUCUGUCAUUCUUCUACUAUCUCUAUGGGAUGAUCUAUGUUCUGGUGAGCUCUUAAACCGGGCAGUGAAGGAAAAGGACCUGCAUGUACAGUAAGACAGCCAGACACUAUGAUCUUAGUGCUGGACACAGGACCUGCUGGAGACCACCGUUCAGCAACACAAGACGCCAUUUCAAGCGGACAAACUCUCGACCCUACACACAAACACACACAUACACACACACAGCACAGUGUGUCAUUUCGGAAACAUUUAGCCCGUUUUAAGAGAAUAUCUCGGCCGCAGUGUGUUCCUCUCAUAGCACUAUAGUUUCAAAAUUUUAUGGAAAAUACGGACAAACCUGAAUGGACAAGCUUUUUUUUUUUUUUUUUUUUUUUUUUGCCCCCCUCCUCUUUUUAUUUUUCAUGGUGUGUUGAUAUUGAUGCUUGGAAUUUAAAUAAAGUUUUGUUUUUUUUCAUCUUGGUUCACAACUUUUGAGUGUUUACAAAUUAGGUAGACAUUUUCAGGUGUGCACUAUCUGUGCGAAUCUAAGCUGUUUGCUAAACUGCAUUAGCUUUUUUUUUUUUUUUUCUGUGAAUUAGAUUCUGGGCUUUUAACAGCAAAUUUAUACCUGCCACGUGACUCAUUGCCAUCACUACAACAAAUAGCAAUGUGCAAACCAGACUUGUGUUCUUGCUUACAGAUAUAUAUAUAUAAAUAAAUAUAUAUAAGGUCUUCAAAUGAACAUUUUGGGACAUGAACGUACAGAGAGGGCUGAAUGGGUAGUUAUCACUUAGUGAAGCGUGUUGCACAGGGACAAUCAUAGUCUGGUUGUCACAGCAUCAGUUUUCAAACUAUCUGAUGUAUUGUCUCCAUACUUCAGACCUAUUUAUCAUCACACUCAAACCGUGUAACCCUUGUUGUACUGAAACCAAUGGCAAUAUUUGUUUUCUUCAGUGUGAAUCCAGAGUAGAAAGCGACGUGUAUGUGACCUGUAUUUCUGUAGACCCGCUCCCUGCAGCUCUUGUUAAAACUAAAAGGUAGACUUAACAGUACAAUAAUAUAUUCAGCACUAGCAAACAUCAGUAUUUUGUUAUUCUCUGCUUUCAAUUGAGCUUUGUUAGGAACUUGCUGAUGUGCCAUACUGUUGAAUGUACCUUUUUUUUUUUUUAAAUUACUUAACUGUUCAACAUGUUUGUCAUUGUGCAUUUAUGUUCAUUUCAACACCAAAUAUUCCAAACAGCGUGAGGAACUCCAGCGUUAAUUUAUUCAAUGUUUUUAAUUCUGCUUUUUAUGUCUCCGAGAUAUCAAACACUCCUCGCAGUGUCGGCUCAUUUCCCAGAAUCAAAAUCUGGAAAAUGAUGGAGGUUUUUUUUGUUUCUUUAGACUCGAGGCCAUUAGACAAAUUGUUUUUUCAGAAACACUAGAAUAUUUAUUGCCAUUUUCAAAUGUGUAAAUUUUUUCAGGGAAAGGGAUGAUUAUUUGUCACAGGUGAAAUUUUUAUGUAUUAGAUCCCAUCAUAUGUCACAUCUAAGAAAUGAGAACUUGAGUUUAUUUGAAACUGAAUAAACGUGUCCCACUCUGUUA